AUGAUUGGUCAUCUCUCUGAUGGUCCCCCAUUCGCAGUAGCAGCAGAGAAAGGCGUCGCAGUCGCCAAUCUUAUCCGUCUCCUUAGAUUCGUCCUCCAGCAAGUCACCCGAGCUCCGUAUUCCCACCAUCACAUUAGGAGUCGGAAGGCCUUCGUGGUUUAG